AUGGCACAAGAGAUAAACGACAGAGCUUCGAGACGACGUGGAGGGCAUGCCUCUGUAUCAUCCGGCCAGUGGUUGCGUAGAAGACAUGGUGCUUCACAUUAUCAUGACAACUCAGUACGAGGACCACAUCCCAGCAUCGAGCCCUUGACAACCACCAUCUCCCGGUCAACACUUAGACGUCUUCGCGAGGCUGCCCGCGAUUAUGGUUCCAUCAACCACUUUCUACGCGAGGCCGAUGAGGCUUUUGCGGAUGAGAUGACCAGAGCUUAUGGUGUCUCGGGGACUCCGGUGCCUCUUUUGAUGCCUCUUGGUGCUGGCCUUUACACACCCUUCUAUGCGGUUCCCCUUGGUCACGGACGUGCGCGUUGCUUGGACUCUUAUCACAGAGAUCUCACGACCAUUAUGCGAAGAGUGGCUAGAGACAUGGAUGUGUCCGCCACGCUGCCUGUCAUGUAUUUGAGAGUAUCAGGUUAUGACCAGGGAGUUUUUGAAGACAUAGGCGAUUACAUGGAAGAGAGGGAGACGGCCUCCACUCCUGUUCUGGAAGGAGAGUGGCCUCAGACAUUUUCGUCAGUCUUCAAUCGCCACACUUGUGUUGGUACAAACUUCGGUAUGCACUAG